CCGGGCCGGACCGGUGAGGGCGGCGGGGCUGCCGGGGCUGUCUGUGAGGUGUAGAGCGCACAUGGGGACGCAUCGCAUCGUGCUCUCGGGCCCCGGGCCCUGGGGUUUCCGCCUGGUGGGCGGCCGCGACUUCGAGCAGCCCCUCGCCAUCUCCCGGGUGACUCCAGGUAGCAAAGCCGCAAUAGCCAACUUGUGUAUAGGAGACCAGAUCAUAGCCAUUGAUGGAGUGAACACAGAUAACAUGACACACCUUGAGGCACAAAACAAAAUCAAGUGUUGCACAGAUGAACUAACUCUGACAGUCAGCAGAUCGGAGGCAAAAGUCUGGUCACCACUUGUAAAUGAGGAGGGAAAGACAAAUCCUUACAAGAUGAAUCUGGCCUCUGAGCCACAGGAAAUAAGGCACAUAGGAAGUGCACACAAUCGGAGUGCAGUGCCCUUCACUGCUGCCACAGCUUCUGCCCCCAGGGUGAUCACUGCUCAGUACAACAGCCCAGCAGGCCUCUACUCCUCAGAGAACAUCCAGACCUUCAACAGUGCAGUGGAGACAAAAACAUCACCUGGAACCCUGGAGCCUACCAAGCCCUUAGAUCAGCAUAACCAGACCCCAGGCAACAUUGCCAUAGACAAACAAUCUGAGGUUUACAAGAUGCUGCAGGAGAAUCAAGAGUCAAAUGAGCCACCCAGACAAUCUGCUUCAUUCCUCGUAUUGCAAGAGAUCUUGGAGUCAGAAGAGAAAGGAGACCCUACCAAGCCAUCUGGAUUUAGGAGCGUCAAAGCCCCCACCACAAAGGUGGCCUCAUCCAUUGGGAAUGCCCAGAAGCUGCCCAUGUGUGACAAGUGUGGAUCUGGCAUUGUAGGGAUGUUUGUGAAGAUCCGGGACAAGCAGCGUCACCCCGAGUGCUACGUGUGCAGCGACUGUGGCACCAACCUCAAGCAGAAAGGACACUUCUUUGUGGAAGACCAAAUCUACUGYGAGAAGCACGCACGGGAACGGGUGAUUCCCCCGGAGGGCUACGAGGUGGUCACUGUCUUCCCAAAGUAAACCGUGCUGCUCACAAAGCCAGUGUGGAUGGUUUAUCCUCUGCUGAUUUUCCUUGGAAAGCAUUAUCCCUACCCCCUGCAGAAUCUUGUUUGCAAUACAGAAUGUUAGGCAUGGCUUUGAAUUUCCUUGUCAUUAUUAAUCCUCCAUCUGUUCACAGGAGAUGUCACUAAUUGUUCAACAUUCUUUUCAUCUUCUCUGUCACUGUUGUUUUUUUAAUACACAAUUUUUUUCCUCCUUUGUGCUGUUAAUCACACAGGAAAAUCACAGGCCAAAGUCAGAUUACAACUUUUCUGAGUUCCAGUUAUUUGCCAUCUGUUUGCCUUCAAUAAAUGGGGUGAAUCCACAAGGCAGAAGUGUCUGCUUU